GUUCUGUUAGGCCUUUUGGUUGUGUGGAGUGUUGUUCAAUACUUAAGCUUCAGGAAGAAAUACGAUUUUGCUAAAACAGUUUCCUGCGUAAAACCAAGCUAUCCGUUAAUCGGUUCUGCUUUACUGUUCAUUGGUAAAAGUGACGUUCAGCGAUUUCAAAAUAUGAAGAAAAUUUUCAACCAGGAGGAAAAUUUAUUUCGAUUCUGGUUGGGUCCCAGAAUGUUCUUUGCCACGAGCCAUCCCGAUAUUGCACAGCUAAUCCUAUCGAGUCCGGAUUGGUUGGAUAAACCCUUUCUAUAUGAGUUUUUCGAGUUGAACUACGGCCUGUUCGGGGCAAAAUUACAUGUUUGGAAAAGUCAACGGAAGGCGUUAAACUCCACGUUCAAUCUGAAGAUACUUCAAAGUUUUAUCCCGAUAUUCAACCAAUGUUCUAAGAAGUUGGUGGAUAGACUUUGUAGAUUUCCUGAAGGGGCAACUGUUAACAUAAUGGAGCAUGUCGCCAGAUUCACGAUGGAGACGGUUCUUGAGACGACUCUUGGACUUGACAUUAGUAUCGUUGAGGAAGCUGACCUAAUCGUUUCAAAAGUAGAAAGAUAUUUCUACCUAACUUCGCGUAGGCUACUGAACGUACACCAUUAUCCCGAUGUCAUUUAUCGCUGGUCCGAGGCUUACCAAGAAAAGUGUUCGUUGCGAAAUUAUCUAGACCGCGUGGUGAUGAAAAUUGUUGACGAUAUCGCCCUUCGUCAUGCAAAUCUACUGCGCGAUUCAACGGAGACAGAUGAAGAGUUCAAGAAGCCACAGAUAUUCGUGGAUGAGAUGUUCACUAACAAAUUGAAAAAGUUCGAAGAUAGGGAAAUAAUCGAAAACGUGUACACCAUGAUCGGCGCAGGAACUGACACUUCUGCCACUGCGGUGUCCUACACCUGUCUAAUGCUGGCAUUCUAUCCGGACGUACAGCAGAAACUUUACGAAGAAGUCAUGCAGCUAUAUCCGACUAAUGAGACCGAAUUUACGCUGGAUUCGUUGAAGCAGCUACAGUACACGGAAAUGGUUCUCAAAGAAACAAUGAGGCUAUAUCCGGUAGCACCGUAUGUUAUGCGCCAAAGUGUUGCAGGUACGCAGAUCGGUGAUGUUAAGAUUCCUGUGGGCAGUCUACUAUUGAUUAGUAUCUACUCUUUGCAUCGCCGUGUGGAUGUUUGGGGAGCCGAUGCCGCAAAGUUUGACCCUGAACGUUUCUCCGCCGAACGAACGAAAGAUAGGCACCCGUUCGCUUUUCUGGCAUUCAGCGGUGGUUCUAGGAAUUGCCUAGGUUUACGGUACGCUUUGAUGAGUAUGAAGAUAAUGAUGGUGCACUUAGUGAAGAACUUUCGUUUUACGACUAAUCUUCGGCAGGAAGAUUUACGAUUCAAAUUUGAUGCUUUAUUGCGACUCGAGGGUGAACAUUUGGUGCAGCUAGUAAGGCGUUAGAUGCCAAAAUGUGCCACCAAUGAACUAAAUUGAAAAUAGUUAACUCAAAGUUACACCAAAUAACAAAGAAACUGAAAAACUGUUGAUGAAGUCGUAGAUUGUGCAAAAAAGGUUGAUGCGAUUGAUUAUUACUGGAACCGGACCUUUAGCUGCCUGAUUAGUCACAUUCACAAUCUAAUGCAUAU